GAGGAUGCUGCGCGGAGGCCGCCGAGGCGCCUCUCGCUCGUGACCGCGGCGCCCGCCCCAGGCGGCCGGGCUGUGCGCGGCGGCCGCUGCUCCGUGACAGCGCGAACCAGCGCGGCCCGCCGGACCGGACGAAUGUAUGACAACAUGUCCACAAUGGUAUAUAUAAAGGAAGACAAGUUGGAGAAGCUUACACAAGAUGAAAUCAUCUCUAAGACGAAGCAAGUCAUUCAGGGGCUGGAAGCUCUGAAGAAUGAGCACAACUCCAUUUUACAGAGUUUGCUGGAGACACUGAAGUGUUUGAAGAAAGAUGAUGAGAGCAACUUGGUGGAGGAGAAAUCCAACAUGAUCCGGAAGUCCCUGGAGAUGCUGGAGCUUGGUCUGAGUGAGGCACAGGUCAUGAUGGCGUUAUCAAAUCACCUGAAUGCUGUUGAGUCAGAGAAGCAGAAAUUGCGUGCUCAGGUUCGUCGUCUGUGCCAGGAGAAUCAGUGGCUGCGGGAUGAACUGGCCAACACGCAGCAGAAGUUACAGAAGAGCGAGCAGUCUGUGGCCCAGCUGGAGGAAGAGAAGAAGCACUUAGAAUUCAUGAACCAGCUAAAGAAAUACGAUGAUGAUAUUUCUCCCUCAGAGGACAAAGAUACUGAUUCUACCAAAGAGCCACUGGAUGAUCUCUUUCCGAAUGAUGAGGAUGACCCAGGCCAAGGAAUUCAGCAGCAGCAUAGCAGUGCUGCUGCCGCCGCCCAGCAAGGAGGCUAUGAGAUUCCUGCGCGACUGCGCACGCUCCACAACCUGGUGAUCCAGUAUGCAUCACAGGGGCGCUACGAAGUGGCUGUGCCACUCUGCAAGCAGGCCCUGGAGGACCUGGAGAAGACUUCGGGCCAUGACCACCCUGACGUGGCCACCAUGCUCAACAUCUUGGCCUUGGUGUACAGGGAUCAGAACAAAUACAAAGAUGCAGCUAAUCUACUGAAUGAUGCUUUGGCUAUCCGUGAAAAAACUUUGGGCAAAGAUCAUCCCGCGGUGGCAGCAACUCUGAACAACCUUGCUGUGUUGUAUGGUAAACGAGGGAAGUACAAGGAGGCUGAGCCUUUGUGCAAAAGAGCCCUGGAGAUCAGAGAGAAGGUUCUGGGGAAAGAUCACCCUGAUGUUGCCAAGCAGUUGAAUAACUUGGCCUUACUGUGCCAGAAUCAGGGCAAGUAUGAAGAAGUAGAAUAUUACUAUCAAAGAGCCCUGGAGAUCUACCAGACAAAACUGGGGCCAGAUGACCCCAAUGUGGCCAAGACGAAAAACAACCUGGCAUCCUGCUAUCUGAAACAAGGAAAAUUUAAGCAAGCAGAAACACUGUACAAAGAGAUCCUUACUCGUGCACAUGAGCGGGAAUUUGGUUCCGUGGAUGACGAAAAUAAACCCAUUUGGAUGCAUGCGGAAGAAAGAGAAGAGUGUAAGGGAAAGCAGAAGGACGGGACGUCUUUUGGGGAGUAUGGUGGCUGGUACAAAGCCUGCAAAGUUGAUAGUCCAACAGUCACAACGACUUUAAAAAACCUUGGCGCACUUUAUCGUCGUCAAGGGAAAUUUGAAGCUGCAGAAACAUUAGAAGAAGCUGCCAUGAGGUCACGUAAACAGGGUCUUGACACUGCUCACAAACAGAGAGUGGCUGAAGUCCUAAACGACCCUGAAAACAUGGAGAAGCGGAGGAGCCGGGAGAGCCUCCAUGUGGACGUGGUCAAGUACGAGAGUGGCCCUGACGGAGGGGAGGAAGUGAGUAUGAGCGUAGAAUGGAAUGGGAUGAGAAAGAUGAAGCUCGGGCUGGUUAAAUGACUUGCUCAGCGUCCAUGGCCUAGCUGCCCGGGUGCCUCCCGCCCUGCUCCUGCAUGACGGGCAGCGCCUCCUCCGGCCCCCCCCCUCCAGCGCUGCCCGCUGUGUCUAGCAGCCCCUAGGAGCUUGUCAGAGCUGCACCUCUGGGCCUGGUCAUUCCUUUCGGUGCUGCUGACCUGGGGUUCCUGAUCUCUGUAUACAUGUAGCUUUGCCAGAUGUGUACUUAGUAAUAUCAACUGUAUUAAUAAAACCCAUUUACUGUGUAACACACAUUUAACGAUUAAGAGCGAUUAGCUGUACACUCUGCUAGCAGGUAGUUAGAAGUGUCACACAGGUUUACCGCAGUGGCAUGAGAGUGACCUGUGGACAGUUGCUGAGCUGUAGGAGUAAGGCAUGUGUGCACGUCUGUGGUACUUAGAGAACAUCUGGCCAGGACGCCUGCCCGAGGCCCUGGACAUGCUCAAGUAGACUUGCUGUGUAGUCCUGUGUAAUUCUGCUUUUCUCUACUAAUCUUCAAAAGCUCAGUGAUGUGUGUAUUUGUGUCUUUCUAACUUCUAAUAAACUCACUCCAACUGAC